AUGGCCAAACCUAUCAUUCUCUUCCUUCCCGGCUCUUUCGUCCAUAUUUCCGUCUAUCAACCAAUCUUCGACGCCGUCUCCGGAGCCGGCUACGUGAUCAAAGGCAUCCAUCCACCAUCCAUCGGACCAGCCAGUCGAGAAGGCAGAGAUGGACCCGGUCCGAACAUGUACGACGAUGCGGCUGUCAUCGCUGCAGAGGUCGAGAAGCUUGCCGAUCAAGGCAAAGACGUGAUUAUCAUCGGACACUCGUACGGUGGAGGUCCCGUAUCACAGUCUACCAAGGGGUUGAGUAAGGAGGAGAGGAAGGCGCAGGGGAAGGCUGGGGGUGUUGUGAGAUUGGGGUAUAUGACUGCUGUCGUGCCAGGAAUUGGUCAGUCUUCUCAAAAUGUGCUGGAGGGGACUCGAAAAGAGGGCGAUAUGCCCAUGAGCGUUGAUGCAAACGGAUGGGUCUUACAAGAAGAUCCGGCGAAGACUGCUCGAUUCGUCGCACAGAACUUGCCACCAGAUCAAGGCGAGGCAGUGGUCAGGGCAUUUGCAAAGCACUCGGGUGCAUCAUUCGGGACUGAGUUGACUCAUGAGGGCUACAAAGACAUUCCAGUGUCGUACUUGUUUUGCGAGGACGAUCUGUGCGUUCCACCUGGCGUCCAACGAGCUGGCAUAGAUAUGAUCGAGCGCGUGAGCGGCAGGAAGGUCGAUGUGACGAGCAUCACGUCGGACCACUGUCCUAUGCUUUCGGCGGAGAAAGAGACUGUUGAUUGGGUUCUUGAUUUAGCUAGCAAGGCAUGA